AAUGACUAAUAUAGUAGCUCCUCUCUACUCUCUUCUUUCUAGUUACACUGUCUCUUUGGUUGUCUCUUCACUUGCUCACUGUCUCCUUUGAUCAGCCUCUCAAUUCUGGUCAACUUAUGACGAUCUCGUCCUUCUUCACCAGAGCUUCAAGAGCUUUCAAUGACCACCCUGUUGCCUCCAAGCUUCUGGUGCUCUGUACUCUCAGUAGUGGAGGUCUCCUGGCGUAUGCAGAAUCACAGUCAAACAUUGGUUCUCCUAGUGUUGUUGAUGAUAAACCAGAUGAGUCCAGGCAGAAGAGAGUGGUGGUGCUUGGGACAGGAUGGGCUGGUACUAGUUUCCUCAAGUAUCUUGAUGCUUCAGCUUAUGAUGUUCAGGUUGUUUCACCCCGGAAUUAUUUCGCGUUUACCCCUUUGUUACCUAGUGUCACAUGUGGGACGGUUGAAGCUCGAAGCAUAGUAGAACCAGUUCGAAAUAUUAUAAAGAAGAGAAAUGGAGAGAUCAAAUUUUGCGAGGCAGAAUGUGUCAAGAUUGAUGCUACAAAUAAAAGUGUUGUCUUGCGGGCUAAUUUUGGCACCAACUUGGUGGGAAAUGAUGAAUUUUCCCUUGAAUAUGACUACUUGAUCAUAGCUAUAGGAGCACAAGUAAACACUUUUAACACUCCUGGUGUAAAGGAGAACUGUCAUUUUCUGAAGGAAGUAGAAGAUGCUCAAAAGAUACGUACGAGUGUGAUAGAUUGCUUUGAAAUGGCUGUACUUCCAGGUCUAAGUGAAGAAGAGCGGAGGAGAAAUCUUCAUUUUGUAGUUGUUGGAGGGGGUCCUACUGGUGUGGAAUUUGCUGCAGAGCUGCAUGAUUAUUUCCAAGAGGAUUUAGUCAAGUUAUAUCCUAUGGUUAAGGAUCUUGUGAAAAUAACAGUGAUCCAAUCGGGAGAUCACAUCUUGAACAUGUUUGAUGACAGAAUUAGUUCGUUUGCUGAGAAGAAGUUUAACAGAGAUGGUAUUGAUGUUCAGACAGGAUGUCGGGUUGUCAGUGUUUCUGAUAAGGAAAUCACAAUGAAGGUGAAAUCCAAGGGUGAGGUCUGCUCUGUGCCACAUGGGUUGGUUGUGUGGUCUACUGGUAUUGGGACUCGUCCAGUUGUGAGUGACUUUAUGAAACAAAUUGGGCAGGCUGAUAAACGUGUUCUAGUGACUGAUGAAUGGCUGCGUGUAAAGGGUUGUGAAGAUGUGUAUGCCAUUGGCGAUUGUGCUUCAAUUACUCAACGUAAAAUCAUGGAAGAUAUCUCUGCCAUAUUUAAAGCUGCGGACAAAGAUAACUCUGGUACCUUAACAGUUGGUGAAUUUCAAGAUAUAAUUGACGACAUCAUCAUAAGGUACCCCCAAAUGGAGCUCUAUUUAAGGAGCCAGCAUGUGCAGGAUUUGAAGGACCUAUUGAAAGAUCCUGAGGGUAAUGAUAGGACGGAAGUGAACAUUGAAGAAUUUAAAUUAGCCCUUGCUCAAGUGGAUUCACAGAUGAAGAGUCUGCCUGCAACUGCACAGGUUGCUGCUCAGCAGGGAGCAUAUCUUUCUAGGUGCUUUAACCGGAGAGAGCAGAGCAAAGAGAAUCCUGAAGGUCCUAGACGUUUUAAAAGUUCUGGGCAUCAUGACUUUCGUCCCUUCCGGUACAAGCAUUUUGGGCAAUUCGCUCCGUUGGGGGGAGAGGAAGCAGCAGCAGAGCUACCUGGAGACUGGGUUUCCAUUGGCCAUAGCACUCAGUGGCUCUGGUAUUCCGUAUAUGCAAGCAAGCAAGUGAGCUGGCGGACUAGGGUCCUCGUGGUAUCUGAUUGGACCCGGAGAUUUAUUUUCGGGAGAGAUUCAAGCCGCAUUUGAAGAGGGCCAGCAUAUUUCUGGCACCAGUAAAUUAUGAGUGUUUGCAUCUGCUUCAUAUGUAAAUUCAGAGAGAAAUUCCUUUGUAGGCUGUAGAAAAAAUUCCUUGUGAUGUGAUUCAUUCAUGGCCAAAACAUCGAAUUUUACUUACUGCAGUGAAUAUGUUGUUUCUAUCAGUUCUUCUGAAUGUGUGAAGAAGUGGGAUGUUCAAAGCCCAUGUGAGUUUGGA